AUGCGUUCGGCGACUUUCAGAUUAGCAUCUUGCAUUAGAUGUUUUUCAUCUGCUUCAACUGCGCCCGCUGCCAAGAACUCCGGCAAUUCUGCGCCACCUGGACGACCAGACACAUGGUGCCAGUACUAUGAUAGGCCUCAAACCGUUCCCAUUGAAAAAACAUCCAUCAUCAUGUUUCCCGGUCAGGGUGCGCAGUUCGUUGGGAUGGGCAAAAAUGUAAUCGAUAUACCCGGUGUGAAGGACAUGUUUGAAUCAGCCAGCUCCAUGUUGAGGACCGAUUUACUGAAGACUUGUCUAGAGGGACCUCCAGAAAAACUGAAAAAGACCAUUCACUGUCAGCCGGCUGUUUACGUUACAUCUUUAGCAGCCGCGAAGAAGCUCCAAUUGGAACGUCCAGAGGCAAUCGAAAGGUGUGUGGCCGUUGCUGGAUACAGUGUUGGGGAGAUUGCAGCCCUUGUCUUCGCUGGAGCCUAUACCUUUGAGGAAGUGAAGCAGAGCAGUUGUUACGAAAUUUACUGA